AUGCCCUCAGCUGCGGCGCGCCAGGUAUACGAAGAUCAGAUACCGACGUUCAUGUCUGUCUUCGAUCUUGAAGCCGAGGCCAUGGCAGACCAGGAAACCUUCACAGUAGUCGGUUCCAAGUUCCUGGACGUGGCGCCCAAAGCCUCCACUCAGCAAACCAGUCUCCAAGCCUGUCUUGCCCCAGACCAAAGCCACAAGCACCGCGACAGUACUUCGACUCAGACUUCGGAGUCCGACGAUUCGUCUCCUACCACUACGCUUUCUACCACAGACUCCUCACCUCUUUCAGAUCCGUCACCAUCAUCAUCGCCAGAUUCCCCGCUGAACUUGAUUCCCCUCAACAAUUUUCACUCUGCAAGCUUCAGUGGCCCAUCAAAUCCGGUUUCACUGCUUAGCAUUUCGGAGGCGAGCGCGUUGGAGCGCCCUAUGACAUCUCCAGCACCAAGGAAGCCAAGGAAUAUGAAGGGUCUAUCAAUCCAGCCGCCAACCGCAGCAAACGCUACAUCCAAAAUGGUUUCAGAACCUUGCUCUCCAUCUUUCAUCAAACCGGCAAUCCCUGCCAUGAAGAGGAAGCCUAGCCUCCUCAGCCUCAAGACCAAUGCUUCGGAUUUGAUUAAUAAGACGUCGCUGGAAGUGCCAGGGUCGCCCAGUGUGCCGCCAAUCCUUCAGCGCCGCGCUCUGAAGCACUCAACGUCAUCGCCCUCCAUCCAAUCAUCAUCCUUGAAAACAUCCACGUUUGGGCCACCCGGUGGAAUGACCUUCCCCAAGGUGCUUGAGCGCAACGAGUCGGGGCUAUCAGAGUUCUUGCGGCCCAUGAAGUCCAGCAUGAAUUUGACUUUCGACGCUGCGAUCAUGGAAGAAGAUACCCCAAUCAAGACACAGCUUGCCUCUCGAAAUGACUUUGAUGAGCCUUAUCGUGAGAAUGAGAAUAACGAAGACCAGAAAACGCCAGGAUAUCCCGAUGGGCCAAUUGCCAUUUACGGCGACAACGUCUUUUUAUACCUAGAGCCUACGGCGGAAGAAGCUUCCCGAUUUGAUGUCGUCAUCAAUGUCGCACACGAAGUUCGGAAUCCUUUCGAGGCUAGACAAGAGCAGGCCAAACCUUCUUUGCACGGCCCCUCUUCUCGAGGCAAAGGAUUGUCGUCUAAUCUGAGCCCUAUCCCAGACACAGCUGGGUCAAACACCAGCUUCUCCACCGCCUGGGAAUUCCAGCUUUCUGAGGACAGCUCAAUGGAUACGCCAACCACACCCAAGGCAAACACUCUCAGCAUUCCGGAGUACAUUCAUAUGCCGUGGGAUCACAACACUGAUAUCGCGCCUGAUCUCAUGCAUCUCUGUGAGACUAUUGAAAAACGCACAAAGGAAGGAAAGAGGGUGCUUGUCCACUGUCAACAGGGGGCUAGUCGAUCAGCUAGUCUUAUUAUCGCCUAUGGCCUAUACCAAAAUCCCCAUUAUAGUGUCAACGAUGCGUAUCACGCUGCGCAAGCCAAGAGUCGGUGGAUCAGCCCGAACAUGAAACUCAUGUAUUCACUACAAGAUUUUCAAAAGGAUCUAUCUAUGAGGCGCACUUCACCGGGCUCUGGCCCCUAUCGACCUCGAAACGGACGAAGCCCAUCAAAACAUAGAUUGACCCUAUCUGCAGACGCAAUCGAAAUUACCCCUAAAGAGCCGCACACUGCACCUCUGCCGGCUGAAAACAGCAGAAACAGGCAGGGAAGUGAUCAUAAAGCUCGCCCAACUCUCCUCCCAGGACAUUCUGAUGAGCUUCAGACUAUUUCGCCUGGGCCUGCUUCGGCACCACUCACAUUCUCGUGGAGAGACAACUUUGAUCGGUCUGAGACUGAGCAGAUGGAGCCGGAACAGAAGAAGGCUAAGCAGAUGGAUCCUAUCAUUAUGGAGCCAGAGCCCAGCCCCCGACAGGCUAGACCGGAUCUCCUCCCGCCGCCGUCUCCCUCUCCUUUCAAGCUUCAGGCUCCUCCUCUGCGGCCAAAACUGAAGCCGACCGCAUCUUACUCAACUCUUGGGGUUCGUGGUUAUUCAUCGUCUCUUCCGCUUCAGACUCCCAGUGAAAAAGCCGUUCAUUUUUCGGCCAUCUUUCCUGACGAGGAUGUUGUAAUGUCGUCUCCCAGAGACGAAGAAAUGACUAGAAAUCCAGUACGAGACCUGACCUCUAUCGCGGGAAUGAGAUUCAUUGAGAGGUCAGAGCUCACUGAAAAUCUAUUCUCCCCAAGGCGGACAACUUUUAACCGAGAUUCGCUUUUCGCAUUCGGUAGGCCGGCUCAGAUGGCAGACCCGCGAAGCCCACCGACAAAAGGCGAAGCACCAAUUAUCCGCUCCAUCGAUGAUAUCCUAUGA